GGCUAUAACUGCCUCCGCGGGAGCAUAUUUGGAAUAUUAAAAACCAGUUUUUUAAUAAAGUUUAGUAAAAUAAAAAUCACUUUAAUUAUUCAUGAGGUUUGAACGAGCCAAUGCAACUGCACCUGUAACAAGAGAAUGACCAAAUAUUUAAUAUUAAUUAUCCUUGACGUUCGAUUGACCCGUUAGGAAUGAAUGAAAUAAAUGAUAAUGUGGGCUGGCCACCACUGCUUCAGAGGUGUUUUGUGCUGGCCACCCAGAUCACCGGAUCUUAAUCCAACGGACUUUUACGUUUGAGGGCAUGCGACAAAGUUCAGGCUACUUCUGCUUGAACCAGAGAAUAGUUCGUUUUUGAAUUAAUCUGCCUGCAAUCAUAUGCGGAAAAAUUCCAAUCAAGUAUCAGCUGCAAUAAAUUCAUAAGUCGUAUCAAGAUGCAGAAAAUGUAUUGAAGCGGGUCGACUUCAUUUCGAACAAUUUCCUUAAUUUUUGUAGGUGCGGUACAUCACCGAUUGAAUUUGUGAUUUUAUUAUCUAUCAGUUUCACUAAACGAUUAUCAGCUUUUUCAUUUUUUACUUGAAACCGUUGAGUUGCACAGAGAAAUUGAAAGGAACUUUUUUGUCCAGAAUCCAAACCUGAUUUUUGUUUCACGAAAAAGCAAUGUCGUAUCAAUUUUUUCUUUAAAACCGCCCCUUAACGUAUUUUUAAUUAACCGUGCAAAAUUUCCUGUAAAUGUCCACAGCCGUUUUAUACAAAUUAAUAAAUUUGAUUUUCUUCAAGUCGAACUUGUAGCAAACCCCUUCACUUAACGAAGAGUUAAUAGUUUGCUCGAAAAUAGUUGCAAACUCAUAUUGCUUUUCGAUUCUCUAUCGUUUCCUGAAUUUCCGCUCUGCAACCUGGACCACCCUGUAUAUGAAGGCUGACCACUUCAGACUCAAUAAAGCUAUGUAUUCUCUCGAAGCGUGUCAUUGUGUUCGGUUUAAAAAUACAAAAAACUCGACCUUGUCUGUCAAAUUUAAUUCCACUUUUAGUAUUUCCACAAGUGUACAAACCGCAAGUACUGAAUAUUCAACUAAGUACAACUUUUUGUUGAAUAUUGCACAGUAGCGUCGAUUGAAGCACCUCAAUCUCAGCUAGUCAGAUAAGCCAACUUGUCGGCAAUGCAAAUGAUUUACAAACAAUUAUCUCGUAACACUGAUUCCGAGUAGGAAUGAACGAUAAUAUUUCAUACCUAAUUAAAUUUUUCAAGUUUCAUUUUAUUUGAUUAGUCUGGCGUAGCCAUGAACUGAGUAAAUUUCGAUAAGUGUAUAACAUUCCCAUUUACAAAUGCAGACAUCUUCAGCUGUGAACGAGCCAAGUCCUCGCAGGAUCGACUCGGCCAUUAUAAAAAAAAUUGUAUCAAACAGGUUUCCUAUUAUAUCAUGGCUACCCUCGUACACCAUCUACCUAUUCUUCCAAGAUCUUCUGGCCGGAUUUACCGUUGGGCUUACCGAAAUCCCUCAGGGCAUCGCUUAUGCGAUCGUUGCAGGUCUUCCCUCUCAAUAUGGUUUAUACAGCGCAAUUAUGGGUGGAUUUAUUUACUGUAUUUUUGGUGGAUGCAAAGAUAUUAACGUGGGACCCACCGCGAUUAUGGCGCUGAUCGUGCAAAGCAGCGUCACAACUAUGGGACCAAGUGGCGCUAUUCUAAUCACGUUUCUUUCGGGAAUCAUCAUUUUUAUGGCUGGAGUUCUACGUUUAGGUUUUCUCGUCCAGUUCUUCUCAUUCCCGGUCAUAUCGGGCUUCACCACAGCUGCAGCGCUAAGUAUAGCGUCGACUCAGUUGAAGCAGCUCUUGGGCAUUUCAGGGCCUGCGAGUAUUUUCUUGGAUGCCUGGAUAUCGCUUUUUAAGAACAUCAAAGAGACCAGAAAAUGGGACGCCAUUCUGGGAUUUAUGACCAUUUUCAUUGUGUUCGCUUUCAGAGAAAUCAAAAAAUAUGGAUCGUUGAAACACAAGCCUGAAUGGUCGCGAAAUCGGAACCUACUGGGGAAUUUUCUCUUCAUUUUUUCUUUGGCUGGAAACGCCGUGGUCGUUAUAGGUGGGACCUCAAUCGCAUAUGUGGCUCACAACAGCUACAAUGCCACCCCAUUUAUCCUCACAGGUGAUGUAGCUGGAGGUUUGCCCGAUCUAUCCCUGCCUCCAUUCAGCGUUACUUGGAAUGGCACUUAUUACAGUUUUUCAGCUAUGCUGUCUGAAUAUGGAAGCACUUUGGCCUUUUGUCCAAUAAUAGCCUUUUUAGAGCAUAUUGCGAUAGUUAAAGCUUUUUCCAAAGGGAAAAUCAUCGACGCUACUCAGGAACUAAUGGCCUUAGGACUAUCCAACAUUGCAGGGUCUUUGGUGCAAUCCAUGCCCGUCACUGGAUCAUUUACCAGAACUGCAGUAAAUAAUGCAUCAGGAGCCCGAACUACAAUUGCGGGUGUAAUUACCAGCUGCAUGUUACUGGUGGCACUGGUUCUACUCACUGGAGCCUUCAAGUAUAUUCCAAAGGCUACUUUGGCUGGAGUGAUCGUUGUGGCCAUGUACUAUUUGUGCGAGUUCGAUGCCAUUCCCAUUAUGUGGCGAACCAAACGAUUGGACCUAAUUCCGUUCUUCACUACUCUGAUGUGUUGCUUGCUGAUAAGCCUAGAAUACGGGAUUAUCAUAGGAAUAGGAAUCAAUUUGACUUUCAUUCUAUACGAUGCUGCCAGGCCCAAGUUGUACGUUGAACGGUUGAUGCUUCAGGAGCGCAUUAUUUACGUAAUACGGCCGAAAGCCAGUCUUUAUUUUACAUCAGCUGAAUUCCUGCGGGAAAAAAUGCUCAAGGAUUGUGGCGAGAGUGAGUCCCUAAUAGUUAUAGACGGGGAAUUCGUUCCCAGUGUUGAUGCUACGGUUGCGAGGGGUUUCUUCAAUUUGCUGCAGGACUUGGAGCUGAGACACCAAACAGUAUUAUUCUGGAACUUCAAUCAGACAGUCACUGAUAUAUGUUCGGGAGAACACAAAAAACUUGGAUGUUUUUUCAGAAACGGGACGUUGGAAAGCGUAAUUAAUGAUAUUUCUAAGCAAAGUGCGAUCGAGACGACAGCACGGAAUUCUGAUGUGCAAGCGUAAAUAAACAUAACAAAAAAUCA